AUUUAGCAAGUUUAUUAUUUUGUGGAAUAUAUAAUAAUAAUAUCGAAUGUUAAAAUGUUCGUAUAAACGAUUUUCCUAGUUAAAUGUAUAGUUAUGUAAACUUAGUACUGGAUUCUUGAUGCUGGAAAUACAGUAUAAUGUCUUCAGAUAUUUCUAUUCAGCAACUUAACGAAACUGGAAAAACACUCGUGCAUUCGCUACAAGACACCGCUUUUCUCAUGAAUGAGGCAGCAUCUUCUUUACAUAAUUUAGCAAGUCGUAUGUUACCUGAGCUUAAAAAAACCCUUGCAAACGACUUCACGAUCAGACGUGAACGAGACGAUAUGGUGACUGUUGAAGUGAAAUGUACAUUUUUAAAGAUUGGAGACAUUAAUACAUUAAGUCAAGACUUUGAUGCUGAGGUCCUUGUUCAAGCCAAAUGGGAAGAACCUGCUUUAGAUUUCUCUGAGAGGGUGGCUAGUCAUCAAGAUGAUAGACCGCUGUAUGAUGAAAAGAAGUAUUGGAACCCCAAGUUAAUCAUCACUAAUGUUAUUGAAGAAUUUCACAUGGAAGUGAAAACCUACAAUGUCAAGUUCCAAGAGUCAGGCUAUAACCAUGCAGUUGUCGUACUACUUUGGAAAUUUGAUGGAAAGUUCAGAGAAAACCUUGAACUUGAACAUUUUCCAUUCGAUAUCCAGGAAUUGACGAUUCAGGUUUCGAGUGACCGAGGUAUAGAAGAGAUUGACAUCAUAGAAGACACCCAUGCGAUGAGCACAGUGAACAUCAACAUGUUCCAGGACACCCAGGAGUGGUCCAUCUACCAGCACGUGGAGUGUGUUCACAAGUUCACCACCAGGGAGUACGCCAGCACAGCAAUACACCCGGUACUGCACGUGCAGAGUCGUGUCAAGAGGAAGGUCGGAUUCUUUCUGUGGAACUAUAUCGUUAUUGUUUUGCUGAUUUUAGGGCUUGCAUUUGGAACCACAUCUAUUGACCCAAACAACCCUGACAGAAUGGCUUGUACUGUCACCUUGUUCCUGACUGGUGUAACUUUCAAACUGGUUGUCAAGGCAACCUUGCCCACAAUAUCUUAUCUCACCUAUCUUGAUAUAUAUAUUCUUGGGGCUCUUGUGUUUUUGACCUUGCAAGCAGCAGAAAGUGCUAUUAUGUGUGCACUCUCUAAAGUCUUACACAUUGCCGAGGUUGUGGAGUGGGACCAGUGGAUAAUGGCCUCACUUGCUGUAAUAUUAAUAGCAUUCCACAUCAUCUUUGGCUGUUACAUAUACGGCACAGCUUUAGAGAAGAGAAGACAGAUGAAAGAGAAGGACAAAGAGUAUGGAAAAAAACGUGACUAUUUGGAUCAUCAUGGUGUACUUUUGACUGUGGGAUAUUCCUCUCUCAUGGUUGAAGAAGAAUGAACCUUCAUUGCAGUUGUUAGAAUCUGUAAUUAAAAGCAAGCAUUUCGUAUCUGCAAUGUAUCAUGUAACCUGAUGUAAUGGUAGCAAAGAACUGGUCAGCAAGGACAGGCUGAGCAAUCGGCAAUGGACUGGGUGUUAGGAAAUCAUGGGAUCAUCAUGGAAAAGUUGGUAUAAGAAACAUACCAGAUUCAGGAACCCAGAACAUUGAUCAAUCAAAGGGCUUGGGGUACUUCCAAUCUGACCAUGUCGUUCAGGGUGGCAAAUACGAACCACUAUGUUUUGUUCAGGAAAGAAUGCAUUUAGACAAGAACAUUCAGUUUUGUAGUAUGUACUUAUUCAUCUGACUGAUGCAGAAAACUGGCUGAUAAAGCAAAUGAUGAUGAAGAUGUCGAUGAUGACAAUAAUAUUUAUAUUCAUAUAAUUUUCCAGUACAGCUCAUUGUUCUGAACAAGUAACACAGGAACAUAAGCCAUCUACCCAGAAUACUUAGCGUCAAAUGAUCAUAUCCCACAUAUAUAUUUUACACAGACAAAACAAGAUAAACUAAAACAUUUGUUUGAUAUACAUGUACUAAUACAAAAUGUGGAGCAAUGUUUGGUAUAGGGAAAUAAUCCAGUAAACUAUAGCGUUUCUCAGGUGGGCACUCUCUUACUGGGCUACAUCCUACUCUACAGGGUGCAUAUACCAGUAUGUUCGUAUAAUCUACUGUGCUUUCUCACUAGUACAGAUUUGACAAAAUAAAAUGGAAAAUUAUUUAUUACAUUGUACUUCGUUUGCUUAACAAAAAAAAAGUGUUAAAAAUGGUGAUGAAUCGAGCAUUAUUCAGUCUGAAUACAAAAAUAGGGAUUUAUCAGGCACAGCGGAAACAGGAAAACAUUGUGGGGGGUGGGGGGGCUAACUAAGAUUGAGGGCACAAAGCGGAAACAGGAAAACAUUGCGGGGGGUGGGGGGGCUAACUAAGAUUGAGGGCACAAAGCAGCUUCUAGGGGUUUUGGGGAUAUGCUCUCCCAUAAAAUUUUGAAAAUUACUACCAGUAAUAUUGGGAGGGGGCUACAGUAGGGUCUCCAUGAAUACUAGGGCAUGGGCCGAGUUUGCCAGGACUCUAGUCCAUUUAUAGGACUCUAGUACUGUCAUUUAAUGAUAUAGUUUUCCAUAAUUUUUCCAUAUGCUUGAAAAAUGCCGGUUACAUUAUUGGACUAUUGAGACACAGAGGGAAAACAAAAGUCAAAUGAGUGGAAUGCAAUAUAAUGGCAUACUUUGGCAGCCAUGUUCAGCACUGGAAUUAAGAUGCAUAAUGCUAUUUUACUUUAUUCCUUAGUAUCAUUAUUAUCUAGUAUUCUAGUCCAGUAUUUUAGACUCGUGAAGACCCUAAGCUAGAGCACCUCCCCUAAUAUUAUGUAUUGAUAUUGGCAUAUUAAAUUUACCAAGUGUACAUUUCAAGGCUCUUCUUUGAUGCCAAAUACUACAUUGUCAAUACUGUAUGGCUCAUGUAUUGUGUUAAGCUAAAGUAUGUUAAAACAUUAACGACACAGCAUUUGUAUGUAAACUAUUAUUUAAUAUUUUCAAUUUCUGUAAGAAGCACCUUUCUGGAUUCGUACAAGAGAAGAAUAAUAAAUUUGCCACAAUA